GAUGAGGGUGCAAAAGGGGCACACUCUGUGACUGUCCUCGUGCAGCUCCAGCUCAUUCGGGGUGAUGCCAGGGAAGCACUCAUGGCAGUGACGACACGUCAAGGACAACUAUGGGACAGACACGGGUCAUAAGUGGUACAAACCCCCACUAGGCGUUGCUGAGAGCCCGUUGGCUGUCGAACGAACAAUGGGCUGCGUGAUUGGACGAAACUACAGCCUGUUUGUGUAGGAGGAACUUCAGCGCAGAAGAACAGGACGUCGGGAAUGUUUUUAAACAAUAUUGACACCGUGUGCCUGCCACACUAACACAUAUUGUGCGGAACGAAAAGUAGAAGGAUUAGAACCAGACCAGAGGUGGAUAUGUGGCUUUCUGAGCUGCCUUCUGUUGGGAACGACCACAUCUUGCUGGGCCCCUGAAACUGAGGGGCCACGACCAACAAACAGAGUGGGAUGGACCUGCGAGUAGAGAGCCCUGACAAAGACUCUGAAGAUGAUGCCUUCAAGUGUGGACCUGAGGGAAGAGAGGAGGGCGAGGGCUGGGGGAGCGAUAGUCAACCCGAGGCCUGCACCCCUACUCCUCCAUCCGCUGGCAAGAGGAAGAAGAAAAGGAAAAAGAGACUGUGGAUCAAUAUCGUCAACUGCAAAUAUGAAAGUGUGCGACGUGCUGCUCGCAGAUAUGGCCUUUGGGAAGCAGUGGAGGGCGAGGACUGGACUCUCUUCUGGACAGACUGCUCUGUCUCACUGGACAGAGUUAUGGACAUGAAGCGCUACCAGAAAAUCAACCAUUUUCCAGGGAUGAGUGAGAUUUGUAGAAAGGAUCUUCUGGCUCGAAACAUGAACCGCAUGCUAAAGCUCUUCCCCAAAGACUACAAUAUCUUUCCCCGAACAUGGUGCCUACCAGCAGAUGUUUUUUUGUAUCUCUGCAGUUAUAGUGACUUCCAAGCUUACACCAGGUCCAAGAAACACAAGACUUACAUCUGUAAGCCAGACUCCGGUUGCCAAGGGCGAGGCAUCUUACUCACCAAGUCCAGCAAAGACAUUCGGCCGGGGGAACACAUGAUCUGCCAGGUGUAUGUCUCCCGGCCAUUCGUUAUUGACGGCUUCAAGUUUGACCUGCGUAUCUAUGUGCUGGUGACCUCCUGUGACCCCUUCCGCAUCUUCCUGUACAACGAGGGGUUGGCUCGCUUCUGCACUACCCAAUACAACGAGCCCAGCAAUGGCAACGUGGAUGAUGUUUGCAUGCAUCUGACCAACUAUGCCAUCAACAAGCACAGUGAGAACUUUGUCCGUGAUGAUGACACUGGCAGCAAACGGAAGCUGUCCACUUUGAACAAGCACCUGGAGGCCAUGUGUUACGACACAGAGAAGAUGUGGUUGGACAUUGAGGACGUGAUUAUUAAGACGCUCAUCUCUGCCCACCCCAUCCUCAAACACAACUACCACACCUGUUUCCCCAACCACGCGGCCGGCAGCGCCUGCUUUGAGAUCCUUGGCUUUGAUGUACUACUGGACCAUCGACUCAGGCCCUGGCUGCUGGAGGUGAACCACUCCCCCAGUUUCACUACUGAUUCGCGUUUGGACCGGGAGGUGAAGGAUAGCCUGCUGUAUGACACCCUGGUCCUUAUAAACCUGGGUGCCUGUGACCGCCGUAAGAUAACUGAGGAGGAGAAGCGCAGGGUGAAGGAGAGGCUGCAGCAGAACCGCUCCAGAGAGGCUAGGAGUGAGGAACUGCGUCAGUCCCAGGCAGCCAGUGUAGAGCAGAUGCGGAGGUAUGAAGCCAAACACCUGGGUGGCUUCCGUGGGAUCUACCCCCGCGAGGGCGGAGAGAAGUAUGAGAAGUACUUCAAACACAGCAGCUCCCUGUUUCAGGAGACUGCCGCCUCUAAGGCCAGGGAGGAGUGUGCCAGGCAGCAGCUGCAGGAGCUGCGUCUGAAGCAGGAGCAGAAGGAGAGGGAGCAGAAGGGGAGCCGUAGACGAGACUUGCAGGGGGAGUCUGCAGGAGAGAGGGCCAAACCACACAGAGUACAAGUCCGUCAGACCAAUUCCCAACAGGUUACUCUCCUGACCAUGCCCCUCCUGCCUACUGCUACCAACGGUUCCCCUACGGUGCAGGACCUCUCUGAUGAGGAGGUGGAGAGGGUGAGUGGACUGCUCCAACGGGAGAGUCUACUGAGGGACCUCGGGGUGGUGGACCAGAUCUAUAAGCUGUUGCAGGGGAGAGGCCAGUCCAUGCCUAAUGGCAUUACACCCCCCCGCGAGCAGAAUGAGCUGCCCCUACACAGACAUGAACGAGCCAAUAAGUUGGACUCCCUGACUGAGUUCUCCUGGAGAACGAAGCGUCACUGUACUGUGAUCCAACACCAGUUGCCUCCAGGGGCCAAGCCCUGCCGUCAGUACGUCCAUUCCCAGCUGCUGCAGCAGCGCUGGCGCUGGCCCAGUCUGGACAGGGGGCCCACUCAUACUGAGUCUGCCUGCCUUCAAUACUACACCCCAGAGGACCACGUCCUAGAGACGGUCCGCCGGGCGCCAGGGGACCUGAGGAGGACCAACAGUGCCCAGCGUAUCCCAUGGACAAUCAAUGGUGCUCGCCAGGGCAGUAUGAGCUCGUCUUAUGCAGAGUCCAAGGCCCGGGCCACAGUGUCAAACAUCUCCCAGCUCACGCCUGGACGGCUUCACUGCACCCCCAUGUCCUCCGACCCCAAGGCCCUCCAGAGCCUGUUUGUCAUCUCCACCCCAGCCCUACUGAUCCAGAGGCCCGAGUUCCCCCACCCCAUCCGCAAACCCUUGCGCAAAGUCCCCCAGCACGGACAAGGGCGCUAGGGAGCAGGGACGUUUACCAGUUCAGCCAUAGUGCCAUAAACCACGAGCGGGGCAGAGUGAACAAGCUUUCCUGGCAAAACUGUACACAAGUUGUCCCCGAAAUCCUCUCCCUAUACUGUGUACAUUUCUUCACUUUUACAUUAUCAAAAUGAAAUUCAUUUCUACAUUAGCACUGAGCUACUGAGAAUUAAUUGAAGAGAAAUGAAGAAUAGAUAAAUGGAAUAGGUCUUAUUGUGAAAAUAUUGAAGCAAUGGUGCCUAUCGUGACUUAGGUAUUGUGUGGUACUUGGUAGGAAGACGUGUCAUCUCAUAUGUCUACGCAAACCUGUGGCUUUUACAGAAUUGAAUGUAAGUGAAUACUAUCUGUGUCUUAUCAAAUAUCUUGGGUUGUUAAAUAUCACUAUAACCACUGAGCCAAUGGUGAAAACAUGUUUUAUUUUAAAUAAUUCUGGAAAUCUGGAUGUUUUACUCAGUAAUGUGAAGGGAAGAUGUGACCAUGUAGGCAUAUAGCAAAUUUGUAUGACUUUGAUGUUGAUGACUUUGCUAUUAUGCUUUGUUAUCAUAUUGAUUUUUGUUUAGCUUAGCAGGAAAUUCUAAUUUUGCAAUGGGAACCAUAAUCAAUCAUGUGUGCCAAACCUUAGAAGAAAAGCUCAGGAUACUGAAAUGACCACCAAGCUGGACUAACAAAUACUGCUCACAUUUCACUGACUUUAAUUGCAAAUUUACCCACAGUAUUUUCAUAUGGUUAUUUUAGAUUUGGGAUGGGGUGUACAUUUACUUAUUGACCAUUAUUUUAUUUGAGUUGGUGAGAAAUAUAGACAAAUGCCUUCAGAAAUUAUAUGCGUUGAUCAUUGCUCAUGUAGAAAUGAGGAUAUUUGUUCAAUUCAGGAUUAUAUUGAAAAAAGUACUAGGCAUAUUAUCAAUAUACACUCCAUAUGAAUAAUCAAAUAGUUUCCUAAUUUAUGUAAAUUAUUUGGAAAUCUUAGAUUUGCACAUUUGGAGGCUUACAAAUUAUGAGUGAAAUCUUUGGAAAUGCAAACUAAUAUUUCAUCAAUGAAAAUGUAAGUAUAUUUUCUUUAAUGAUCUUGAUUGAUUUUAUUUCAUCAAGCUCAUAAACAUUGUCGGCCUACUACUGUAUUUAAAUCGUAAUUCGAUAUGUCGAUGUGUUUACAUUUUACCUCAAUAAUUAUUUGGAAAAGUAGGCUUUAAUUACAAUCGAAAUCAUUUAACGAUAUAUUUUUCGAUUGGAAUAUGUAGGCCUUUGUAGAGUUUCGAUGCAAGUGAUCUCAAGUCUAUGAGUCUAUGAUCUCAAGACCUAUGAGCUGUUGCUAUCGUUGUCAUAACAAUAGUUUCAGUUACAUAGUUAAAUUACACAGGUUAGUUAUAGUUUUAUAUAACUUUCAACACACUUUAUCACAAUAUUUACAUUUCAAUAAAAGCACAUUCGUUUUAUUGUAUUCUACAAACACAAUAACUCAAGGCCCGUAUAUACGAAUAAUGAUUGAUUUGUAAUCGCCAAAAUAAAGUAGCCUUUACUUUUCACGCUGAAACAGG